AUGAGCAAAGAACACCAGGAAACAGCGUCAACUGGUAUUGCAACCUCCGUUGCGAGCCAUGAAUUUCAAUUUGACGACAGCCAUUUCGUGAACCGCAACACUGCGGUUGAAGAACACUUCACGUUCCAAGGAGCUGGAGUUGCCGCGCAUACAGAAAAUGACGUGGAACCUAAGUCUGGAGCCAUGAAUCAUCCGGUCCCGGGAUUAUCGUUAUCGGAGCCCGACACCAAAACCUGGGAAGCUAUCUCCGAUGGAGAAAGUGAGCAAUCUCAGGACCGAGGUCUCCCUGAAGUAUCCUCGUCGUUCUCAAUCGCCGGCGAUAAUGCUUCUCCAGACCCAUCAGCAGUUCCUGAGACUGAGGUAUCUGUUAACUUGACUAUUCCGAGUACAACGACAAAUCCGAUUACGCCAACCGUUCAACCCUCUAGUGCCUUCCCAUCGUCUGCAAAUCGCGUUUCUCGCAUCGAAGAGUUGCAAAAGCGCGUUGACUCCUUGACAGUGCCUGGCAACGCUUCCCCGUAUGCAGGUGAUGCUUACGGGUUCGAAGACCCAGCGGCUUCUGGUCACAGCUUUUCUGACGGUACGUCAUUGUUAGACUCUCCAAGUCUGCCGAUCUUUCCUAAAUCCUCCAGAAUCAUCUCCAUUGAUGGCCCUAUGACGCCUACCCCGCAGGACCAUUCACAGUUCGGACCAGUGACAGAAAGGAAGGCCGCCCCGGCGAACACAUUCGAGCACGUGAGGCAGAUCUACGAGCUGAAUGUGAGUGCUGAGAGUAUUCUCACAGGCAAAGAGACGGGAAAGACGGGCCACGCCUCUGACAGACCGCCUUCCAGUAGACACGCGUCACAGAGUUCCAACUCCACUCUCAACGAUUUGGAUGACAAUGACGAAUAUCCGUUGUUCGAAACCUUCAGGCCUUUAAAUCCACCAAAACACAGGGCCGUAGCUCCGGCAGUAGAACCAGUGGAAAAGAAAGGCCAGGGGCGCAACGCCACUCCAAUAUCUACCGGUUUUGUCCCAAGUAGAAUCACCGCUUUUGACAAGCCGCUGGAGCAGCCCGUUGCCACGACUGCUGCGGAGCCUCAACUGCUCUGCCCGGCUUCAAGCACAACACGCCAGUUCCAGGUGGUGCGGAAGAUUUCUCAGGAAGAAGUCAGGGCUGCGGACCCUCAAAUGGAAGCCCUGCUCCAGAAUUUGAUCCAGCAGAAGGAUGAUCUCUCACUAAAGAUUCAGAAGAUCCAACGUGAGAUCCAGUUCUUGGACGAAUUGUUGCCACCAAUUGCCCUUGGGGCCGAAGAAAACACUCAGCGGAAGAAGAUUUUGCGGGCCAAGGAGAAAUUGGAGGGGUUGUUGGAUAAAGUCGAAAAGGACAAGUUGCGGACGGGCAUGAUGAUCAGUAGGGCCUGGCGCAAGCAGAAGAAUGAUGCCACCGGGAACCCCUCUGAGUACUGGAUCAGAAAUCAUGAUAGAGUAGUGAGCUAG